AUGACAUCAUUAUCUAAAUUUCAGCUUGAUUCACCCGCUGUGACACUCUUGAGCCCAGAAGCUAUCAGUAAUGUUCCCUUUAACGGUUUCGAAAUAUCAAGAGUGAGAUGCCAAAUACAUCCUUCAGUAAUUAUAUCCAUGCUCAAUGCACAUAAUCGCCUGAGUGAAUUAUAUGGAUUUGCAAUUGGGACUUUACUUGGUAGCGUAUCUAUUGACCCAAAUAAUAUUAACAAUAAUGGAGUGAUUGUUGAUAUUGCUGACUGUUUUGCCAAUCCUUUUCAUUACGAUUCCGCUUCUAAUUCUCUGAACAUUCAAAGAGAGCCUCAUGAAUGGAUGCUUCGUUUACGUGAAAAAAUAAAUCCAAAAUUAGUUGUUGUAGGAUGGUGCUGCACCAGUAGAUCCAUGACAUAUCCAACAGCUAUAAGUGAAUGGGCUCAAAUAGAACAGAAAACAAGUCGGUUUUUUCCCACAAAACUACUUCCUGAACCUGUUCAUUUGUUGAUUGAUCCAUUGUUUACAAAUAGUGAUAGCUUACUUGGAGGAACAAAAGAGAAAAAAAUUCCAGCAGAUCCUCAAAUUGGCCGCAAACUGAUGGAAGCCGUCUCCGUGAAAACAUUGCUACCCAAAAAACAAUUAAAAACUUUACUCGAAGAAUCAAUACAAGAUAAUUUAUUGAUAGCUUAUCUAUUAAAUUUGGCUCGUUUGCAGUUUAUAGUAGCUGAAACUAUUGCAGGUGUUUCAAACCAGCAACAAUAA